CGGUGCGCUGGGCGGCGGGCGUUGGCGCUGGGCGAGGAUCCCGGGCCGUGCUGGACCCGCCUGGCUGGCCCUGAGGGGCGGUGCUGGGCGCGUGGUGUGUGCGCUCCGUCUGGGAGGGCCCUGCAGACCCGGGCUGGGGAGCGGCUGGUGUCCUAGGUGCAGAGAAGCUUCUGCGACGGAGGGCCCGCAGGCCGGGUGGGGGGCCGGGGGCGUCCCGAAGCUGCGGAUCUGCUGACCUGGGCCCAGCGUAGGCUGCGCUUGUUUCGUCCGCUGAGCGCGGUUUUAAGCAGGUGUUGAAGGAGGAGACCGUGGAAAGAAGUUCUCCAGGGCAGAGAGCGCAAGCCGGCUGACGCUGGGGAUGGCGACAGCACUGGCUAAUGCCCAUUCCCCAGCUCCUCUGAAUCUGAAGAAGGAGGGGCUUCGGAUAGUGAAGGAGGAUCCCUGCUCUACUUGGGAACAGGGAUUCAAGCUGCCAGGAAACAGCACCGGCCUUGGACAAGAACCGCUGUGCAAACAGUUCAGGCAGUUGCGAUAUGAAGAGACCACAGGACCCCGCGAGGCGCUGAGCCGGCUCCGGGAGCUCUGCCGUCAGUGGCUGCGGCCCGAGACGCACAGCAAAGAGCAGAUCGUGGAGCUGCUGGUGCUGGAGCAGUUCCUGGCCAUCCUGCCGGGGGACCUGCAGGCCUGGGUGCGGGAGCACCACCCGGAGAGCGGCGAGCAGGUGGUGACUGUGCUGGAGGAUUUGCAGCCAGAGCUUGGAGAAGCAGGACAACAUGUGGGCCCAGACCAGGCAAAGAAGCAGAAGAUGCUCGCAGAGGAGGCGGCCCCUGUGGAAGCAGCGCGGGAGCCACAGGUCCAGGCUGAGCGUGACAUCCCAAAGCCUGAAGAAGAGAAGGGUGAGGAGACAAAGAUUGAGAAUGGGAAGACGGUGGUAGAGACAGAUUUUUUUGGAGGAGUGGAAUCAUCUGGGAAAGUAUCUGAACCCAUAGAACCUCGUCGUGAGGACCCUAACUUGGAAGGGCAGCAGGUCAAGCCCAAGGAGAAGACUGAAUAUAAAUGCUCAGACUGUGGGGAGGGAUUCACCCAGUGCUCAGACCUGAUUAGACACAAAGGGACACACACACAAGGGAAGCUCUGUGAAUCUGAGGCUUGUCAGAGUCCUAGUCCUACUGCACAUCAGAAAAUCCGCUCUAGAGAGAAAGGUCAUCAGUGUCACGAGUGUGGGAAAGCCUUUCAGAGAAGUUCACACCUUGUCAGGCACCAGAAAAUCCAUCUUGGAGAGAAGCCUUAUCAGUGCAAAGAGUGUGGAAAGGUCUUUAGCCAGAAUGCAGGCCUUUUGGAACACCUCAGAAUCCAUACUGGAGAGAAACCUUACCUGUGCAUCCAUUGUGGGAAGAACUUCAGGCGCAGCUCCCACCUCAACCGACACCAGAGAAUUCACAGCCAGGAGGAGCCCUGUGAGUGCAAGGAGUGUGGGAAGACCUUCAGUCAGGCCCUUUUCCUCACCCACCACCAGAGAAUCCACAGCCACUCCAGAAGCCAUCGCUGUAACGAGUGCGGGAAAGCCUUCAGUUUGACCUCGGACCUUAUUCGCCAUCACAGGAUUCAUACUGGAGAAAAGCCUUUUAAGUGUGCCGUAUGCCAGAAAGCCUUCCGACUGAACUCCCACCUGGCUCAGCACGUGAGAAUCCACAACGAAGAAAAACCCUAUGAGUGUAAUGAAUGUGGCGAAGCCUUCAGGCAGAGGUCGGGUCUUUUUCAGCAUCAGAGAUAUCACCACAAACACAGUCUGGCUUGAUGGGGCAUCCUCUCUGCAAGGAACAUGACGGACAGUAUGUUGACAAGCAAACAGCACUUUAGGAAGAGUCACUCCAGCCAAUUCUAGCCUCAGAGAACUCCAGGGGGCCAAGUGGGAGGCUCUUGUCCCUUCACUUGUGCUCAGCCUUGGACCAGAAUGAUUUGAUCCUCGAUGGGACUGUGGGAACAAGCAAAGCAACAUUCUUCACUGCAGGACUUCUCUGAGCCUUUAACAUGGUAAAUGCAUGAUUGCACACCUCCCAAGUAGUAGAGAGCCUCAUGAGUGAGGGCUUUGAAGUCAGCAGUGAGUCAGUCAAGUAUCCAUGGAUUUAUAGGCUUGAACAGAACAAGAGCAGGUCAGUAUUUUUGCAUCUGCUACAGCAACAGCUAUAAAAUAAAACUAAUGAUGUUUGGAAAUACACCACUCUCAAAGUGCAGGUUAAUGGUGGGCAUUUUCCCCCACUGGUUUUACUAACCAACCCCUACUGUCAUCCCCCCCACUUUCCCCACCCCCAGUCAGCAGAAGCAUUUUGGAAAGCACAGAAAAUUUAAUUUGACCACUUCCCACCCCAUUCUUGCCACAAUACUUCACUGAUUCAAGUUGGAAAUCAAGGUUUUACUUAAAGUGUGGAAGACAUUUCAUAAGUCAUUUGAAUGAAUUCAGGUAGCAGCUGUUUUACUUGAUAACUCUGGUGCCAGGAUAGUUGGCUCCUGCAUAGACACUGUUUAGUAAGUGGGGAAAGAAAUUAGACUUUUUCCAUUUAAUACUGAUAAUGCAAUUUUAUUUUAUUUUUUUAUAGAUUUUAUUUAUUUGAGAGAGAGAGCAUGAGCAGGGGGGAGGGUGGAGGGAGAGAAGCACACUCUCUGCUGAGCAUGGAGCCUGACACAGGGCUCGAUCCCAGGACCCUGAGAUCAUGACCUGAACCAGAAUCAAGAGUCAGAUGCUUAACCAACUGAGCCACCUAGAUGCCCCUGAUAAUGUAAUUUUAAAAUGUUGCUUGUUCUGGAGUUCUUUGGAAGUCAAUAAAGUCAGCUGGGAGGAGAUCAUGAUUUUAUACUGUGAAUACCAAAAUGUCGUGGUAAUGAUGAAGAGUGUUGUGCUUAGGGGAGUCCACUCCUGAUUGUUAGUAGCUGAAUAGGGUAUUGUGUCUGGAAAAAGUGUCUCAGUCUGCCACGAGAAUGAACCCUCGUGUAUUGUUGAGGGUUUGGUGCAUCUGCAUAUAGUUUAGAAACAAACGAGGAGUGACUUCACAAAAGCUUGUUUUUCUCUCAGGUAGAAAAAUCUGGAGACAUGCAGUCCAGGACUGAUAAAGUGGUUCCAUGACACCACUAGGGACCCUGCUUCUGCUUUUCUGCUCCAACAUCCUAGUGCACACUAUCAGUCCUGAGGUUGUCACAUGAUGCUUGGUAGCUGCUGAAGCUCCAGCCAUCACAUGCAAAGUGCAGACAGAGGCAGAAGGAGAAAGAUGCCUCCCAGCUCAGCCAACCCUCUGUGAGCAGCCUCCCAGAAGUCACUUCCACACAUACGCUACAGGCCAAAACUUGGGAAAGGGAGUCUGGAGAGCGUGUCUUGUUGUGGUUUGCAGAGUGCCCAGCCAAAACAGCUUCUGUCACUAGGAAGAAAGGGGAGCAUGAAGGCUGGAACAGGCACUUUGCAGUCUUUGACCCACUUCCCACCUGCUGCGUGCGGUGGGACCAGGUGCCACCAUUAAUACCAUUUCCUGGAGGAGGACCAAGUCUGUGGGAGAAGCAGUGCGACCUUUUGUGGCACUAAAGAAUUUCACGGGAACAGUCAUGUUCCAUUCCUUAGGAAGUCGUAAAGCUAUCUGUCUUUCAAUCUGCCGAUGAAUAAAAUUAAGUUGAUAUCAGGGAUUUUCUCCCAAGUGUUUUGAUGGCUGUGCUGAGGUCAGUACCUAAGCAUUCAGCUCUGUGUCAUAGUUUAAAUCUAUUUGAUUCUGUUCUGUUUUAGAAGGAAAGAACAGAGAAUGUCUGUUUCCUUCUCUGUUAAGAAGGAAGAAAUGGGCACCUGGGUGGCUCAGUCGUUAAGCGUCUGCCUUUGGCUCAGGUCAUGAUCCCAGAGUCCUGGGAUCGAGCCCCUCAUCCGGCUCCCUGCUCAGCGAGAAGCCUGCUUCUCCCUCUCCCACUCCCCCUGCUUGUGUUCCUGCUCUCACUAUCUCUCUCUCUGUCAAAUAAAUAAAAUAAAUAAAUAAAUAAAUGUGUAGACUUGGGGCGCCUGGGUGGCUCAGUCGUUAAGCGUCAAGAUCGUAAUAAAGUCAGGUCCUAGGGGCGCCUGGGUGGCUCAGUCGUUAAGCGUCUGCCUUUGGCUCUGGUCAUGAUCUCAGGGUCCUGGGAUCGAGCCCCACAUCGGGCUCCCUGCUCAGCGGGAAACCUGCUUCUCCCUCUCCCACUCCCCCUGCUUGUGUUCCCUCUCUCGCUGUGUCUCUCUCUGUCAAAUAAAUAAAAUCUUAAAAAAAAAAAAAAAAUUUCUCAUGAAAAAGCAAUGACGACAAGAGUCAAAGUAUGAAGAGUGAUAUACCCUUAAAUAUCUGGAAAAUUUAGCUUUCUUUGUGGUGCUUCUGUAGUACACGCAUUAUAAGUUUUCUAAAUUCCUUGGUACCUUAACCAACCUAAUCCCUCACACAGUCCCAAAGGAAAUGGUGUUCUCAUCAGUACCCUGGGGGCAUACCCAUAACCACUUGGACAUAAAUGUUGGAUACAGGCAUAUUUUAUUUAUUUUUUAAAUUUUUUUUGAAAGAGAGCAUGGGGGUGGGGAGGGUAAGUGGGAGUGGGGGCAAGAGAAUCUCAAGCAGGCUCCACGCCCAGGACCCCAGAUAAUGACCUGAGCCGAAAUCAAGAGCCAGGUGCCCCUGGAUACAGGUAUAUUUUAAUAACGUGCUUUUCUUUUCUAUUCUUGAAGAUUAUAGAAACAUUGAACAAAGGGCAAAAUGUUAUAACAGAUCUUGUUGAAGGUUUUGCUUGCAAUGCAACACAUGAUAGAUGCUCUAGAAGGAAAGCUGAAACUCUAUUCAGAGGGCAGCAACCCAGAAAGGAUGAGCUGUAUUGCAAAGUGUCUUCUACUGAUCAGCUUUUCUGUUGGGAUAGUAUCCUAUAAUGUUCAAAAAAGAGUGGUACUUGUGUGUCUUCAUUUCCUGUUCACUCUCCUGUUUAAAAAACUGAUAAAGUUAUUAAUAAGUGUGCCAUUAUAAAUGUAGUAUGGAAAAACAGGAAAGGGAAAAAUAAAGCCCCUAAUUUUCACCUGUCAAAAAGAAUCACUGUUUAAUGUGCAUAUAUACACACACAUACUCGAAUUGUGAUUAGUCAUUACUAAUAAUUUCUGCUUAAUUUUCAAUAUAAUUGUCCAUGUUUAUCUUCAUAAAUUCUUAAUAAAUUAACUCUUGUUUAUUAUGAUAGAAAUUUAUAUAUUUUGUAAAAACCUUGAAAAAUGUAAAGAAAGCAAAUCAUCCUGCUUCAUGGGUCAGGUAUAAUCCCUUAAUAAAGUAUUUUGAGAUACUGAUCUUUUUUUAUGCAUAGAAACACUUUACUUUUCUACUGGAUUUCAUAUCAUGAACAGUUUUGAUUUGUAAAAGAAAAGGACAGUCCAUUUGCCUAUCUGCCCAGUCCAUCCUAGACCAGUUCUGCCAUGAUCCUGGGUGGACAGCUUGCCAUGUGACCCUUCUCUGACCCCUGAGGUUUGGAUCGGGUGGGGGACCCCUAAGCCAGGCUUGGUCAUUUGGAUACCCCCAGAAGUUCGAUAUUGGGUCACAGAUUCUGGUUCAUCUCUGUUAGACAUUUGAACAAGAAACUAAUCUAGAGCUGGAACCAUUUUUGUGGUCACAUAAAAACCAAAUAGAAACAAA